AGUAAGCCAGGAUUUAAACCACGGCGAUUCACCUUUAGAUAUUGUGUGCAGUAUUUCAGUGUAUUCUCUUUCACUGAAGCAUCGGAUCUUUCGAAAUGGCUCAGCGUAUGACUAGAGUAAGUUGUAUUUUUCAGAAUUGGUUUUGCAUUAAGAUAUGUUUGGUUUAAAAUAGCUUGUUGGGUUACGUUUGCAUUUAGUUAUAUGCUUUAGUUUAGAGCUCAAAUGUGGAGGAGUGAAUCGCCUCGUGCCUCUGCAAAAUGUUUGUCUUCUGCCUUUUCUGAAAUUCUUGUUUACUCGUUCAGAAUUCCAUAUCGUUUGUGUUCUAUUUUUAAUAAUAAAACACGCUCUACAAGGCAUCCUUUUUUAUUUGUGUUCCUGUAGAAUCGCAUGGUUUCUUCAGAGAACCAAACUGCUCUGCCAGGCAAGGCAGUUCUGGGAACCAAGCCUACACUGAGACCACGAGCAGCGCUCGGCGAAAUCGGAAAUGUUGGAAUCCCCAGACAGACUCUGAAAAAGGUGAUUUGGUAAACUAAACUUCACAAUGCAUAGGUUGCAGGCUAACCUGCUUCUAGUACUAAAAUACUGCGCUUCAUUUUUAUUCUACAGGAUGCCAAGGCUGAACCCACAAAGUUGGUUGAGAGGAAGGCCAGCACACGGGUGCAGAAGGCCCCUGAGGUCCAACAACCAGAAAGAGUUGCUGUUGUCCCUGUUAAGCUGGAGGUUCAGGUGAGAUUUCUGGGGCAAAGGGCAAGAAUUUGGCUGCUUGUGAUUUAUUUGUAAUCGCCUUCAAUCUGCUCAACUCCAUUCAUGAUUAACGUUAGACCUUGUUCACCACCAUACCCCCAUAUUGAAUACUAACGUUAGUAUGUUUUUAUUUUUUUUAUCUGACAGGUUUUAUCUGAGCCAUUAUCUCCCACACCAAUGGAGACUUCUGGCUGUGUUCCCAAUGAACUGUGCCAGGCCUUCUCUGAUGUCUUACUUAAUAUUAAGGAUGUGGAUGCUGACGACUACGACAACCCCAUGCUCUGCAGUGAAUAUGUGAAGGACAUCUACAAAUACCUCCAAAAACUUGAGGUUGGUGUAUUAUGUUUCUCAACUGAAAGCCACGUCCAGCAAAUGUAUUUUAUUGUCCUGCAUGUGCCUGCUUACAUGUCCCUCUGUGUCGUCUCCCCUCACAGGUUGAUCAGGCUGUAAAACCCAAAUAUCUGGAGGGACAGGAAAUUACAGGCAACAUGCGUGCCAUCCUCAUUGAUUGGCUCGUCCAGGUCCAAAUCAAGUUCCGCCUGCUGCAGGAGACCAUGUAUAUGACUGUGGGAAUCAUUGACCGCUUCCUUCAGGUAAUAAUUUCCUUGACACACUAUCCUAGCCAUCCUGAUCGGAAGUGACUGCAAUGUAGCAGAAACGUCACCUAACCCACCAGUAAGCUUGCGCACUGACCACGUUUACAUAUGCAAAAUAUUCUGGAUAGUAACUCAUAUCCCGCUUAAGGUCUUAUUCGGGAUAAGCUGUUUACGUGCACCUUUUGAUAUCCUGCUCACAAGUAUCCAUGAAUACAGAUUCCUAAUUUUAAAUUCAUAUAGGUUAAAUGGAAUGGUAACUGUAAUAUGGACACUGACUGUUGGCCUAUAACCUCUCUCAUAAUAUAUAGCUCUUGCAGAAUUAUGCAUUUCUUGCAGUAAAAUGAUACACCAAGUAUCACACACAUUAGUGGAGAAAUAUGAUUUUCUUUCAGCAUCUAUUGAGAAUGCACAUGUGACGUGUCAUCUUUGACACUGUUAUGCAAGCACACAGUAUUUCAACCACACAAAAUAUGCACCCAAGACAACUGAAGUGUUAUCAGAAAUGUGUUCUCAGCUUUUAAUGUCCUUAGCUGGGCAACCUGAUUGGUCCUGUGCAAAAUCUUCCCACUGUUUUGGCGUUAUUGUGAUUUCUCCCCGUCUGUAAACGAUGUUGACUAGAUUACUAAUGCAUUCUAUCGAUGUAAGACAUUAUUCUGGUGAGCACUACUUCAUUUAGUUUUCUAUGGCAACACAUUAAGACUGAGAAGCUGCAUGUAUCUAACUAUAGUUGACAAACAACUGGCCUACCAAAUGAUGGCAAUUAUAAGCAGAAAUUGUCUAAAUUAGGGCUGACAGUAGGCUAUACUCCAUACUGGACCGUAUCAGCAAAAUAAAUAAUGGCAUAUCUGAGCAGGUAGCUAGCUUAAAAAAUAAAAGGGGAUUUUUGAUGAUCCAAUGACAACCCCCAUGAUGUGCUAAACAGACUGCCGUAAACGGUAUGAGAUUUUUAUGUGCCUCAGUAUCCUGUCUAAGAUCAGCAUAUCCGCGGCAUCUUAUCAGUUUUUCUCACAACCGGGAUACAAGCUUUUUUGGGUUAUUGUAAACUGGGUGUGAUUAUGUGUAAACUGAAUACUUGAGUGUUCCGGCUAAUAACGGGAAAUUGGUGGGCAGACUUCAGAUCAGGGGAGGGCAAGGAAAUGGCUUGGACAAUCACCAGUAUAAUUUAACCUAUAUUGUAAAAUGUCCCGACUGACCCGAUCUCCAACAGGAUAACCCAGUGCCCAAAAAACAGCUUCAGCUGGUUGGUGUGACUGCCAUGUUCAUCGCCUCCAAAUACGAGGAGAUGUACCCUCCAGAGAUCGCAGACUUUGCAUUUGUGACUGACCGGGCCUACACUACUGCCCAAAUCAGGGACAUGGAAAUGAAGAUCCUGAGGGUGCUGAAGUUCAGCUUUGGCCGCCCUCUCCCCCUCCAGUUCCUCAGAAGGGCCUCAAAGAUUGGAGAGGUAUACCAACCCCCUUCAACACAUUUGUAUUUCCUACAUUCACACCAGUUAUAUAAUCAAAAUGACUAAUCUCUCUCCAGGUGACUGCUGAGCACCACACCCUGGCGAAGUACUUGGUGGAGCUCACCAUGGUGGACUACGAGAUGGUGCACUUCCCUCCCUCCCAGGUGGCCAGUGCAGCCUUCGCCCUCACCCUGAAGGUCUUCAACUGUGGUGAAUGGGUAAGAUGUCCUUCAUAAUUGCUGUUGAGAUUUCUCUUUUCUGAAUGGCAUCCACCAUUUUUGAAUUUGCUUAUCUGGUCUCUGAUCAGUGAUUGUGGGGAAAGGAAGCCCUAGGUAUAUACCAGGUCACUGCUGCAUCACUAUCUUCUCACUUACUGCCUUUGUAUCCUCUCCCCAGAGCUCCACACUGCAGCAUUACAUGAACUACACAGAAGACGCCCUGGUCCAGGUCAUGCAGCACAUAGCAAAAAAUGUUGUGAAGGUGAACGAGGGACAAACUAAGCAUAUGGUGCGUAGAGGAACUGCCUUCUAAUUAGUGAAUGACAUUUACUUAGUUUACAAGUCUUUACAUGCACCCAAUGUUAAGACUUCAAGAUCUUCUACAAAAUGACCUGUUGCCCUAACUUUUCUUUUGCAGGCAGUUAAGAAUAAGUACUCUAGUCAGAAGCAGAUGAGAAUCGCCACCAUUUCACAGUUGAAGUCUUCGCUGAUCAAGGAACUUGCAAAGCAACUUAUCCUAUGAGAUGCCUGGCAGCACUGCUGAUUGUUCUGUACAGAAUGUAUGUAACUUAUGUGGUUUUAACAAUUAUGGGAGAAACAUUGGUGUUGGGUAAUGU